UAUCCACAAAAUGCUUUGGCCCCGGGUUCCAAGGCUGGGCUUGUUAGCUCGGUAGGAGUUUCGUUAAAAUUGCUGGUCUGAGAUACGUGCGUCUGUACACAUUUCCGGUGUUUCGUCUGGUUUAAACUCAAACAGAGCAUUGACGGCAAAAUUGCCAAUUAGGACGCCGAUCACUAUCGUUGUGCUCCAGCAUUCUGCAUAUCCUUGAGAAAUGAUUUGGUAGCUAAUCAUCUUGCUGCUUACUGCAUCCGCUAGAUAUGUGUCCCAGUGCUUACCUCAUACUGCUGGAGAGAGAAAAGCGUGUAGUUAUGUAUGCUGGAACGGUUAACUACCGAUUGAUGCUGGUGGUGAGCUGCUCUGCUGGGAUACCACUCGACUUCUCCCGAAAUGAAGAUAAGGAGGGAGGGAUGAGAGAAAAAAGGGAGAGGGUCGGGUGAUGGUCGCCUUGGAAUAGCGUCCGCAACGCCGAUGAUUUUGACCGGGGCUUCGGGAUACUAGAGGAUUGCUGUCAAAAGCGCUCACCGCUGGAAAUAACCGCCGUGACGCAUGGAAAUUGGGGCUAUUUUAAGAGGAUCUCUACUUGAAUACCCCAAGUUCAGCCCUACGCCAAGGGGAAGUGAUAAAUGUUGCCAAUCACAAUUCAGCAUUCUGCCAGGCAAAAAUGACCAGCAACUUCGCGAUUCGCUUUUGCAUGCUCCUACUGGCCAAUAUCUUCCCGAGGCCGAUGCUGCGCCUGACUCUAUGGGGUUAGUUUCUGCCCAACUAACCCUCACGCCAAACGGGAAGAUAGGACUCGCGAUCAUUCGAAGUGAACAGUUCGAAAGACUAAAAACCUUUCUUCCAUGCAUUCUGAUUACCACGGCAGAAAUAAUAAUAGCACGAAAGAGAACGAUUUGCGGUGGGAAUGCGGAGCGGAUCAGCUGGUGCAUUUUCUUUAGUCCUCAUAUUCAUCCCAGCGGAUUAUUCACGCUGCACGCCAGGUAGUUGUCAAGGGCUUUUCAACAGUGGGAGGCAAACAAACAAGUUCCAUAAAAGCAAGCAAGGGAGACAAACGAGGGCUCACAUUCAAUUCCUGGAGUUCGAGUCUACCCAGGUCAGCUAGGAAAAGGCGGCCGACACCUCUCCGGAAUGGCGAUACGAUGCAGAGUGGCAACAGGCAAGCGGUGCUAGCCUUGUUGGACUGCCAAAUCACCUCCUGGCGUGGUCGAUGAUAGAAGACUCAUGAGAUUUAUGACCGUCCCGAAAUCACAAGAGAAACUUCCCGCCGCCCUUUUUAUCCCCAGAAUUGUGUGGAUAUCUCUGCCAAUAAAUAUCCAUUAAACUAUUAUCUCAACCAAUAGUCGUGCACCGCGCCGAUACUCUGAAAGAGGGAAAUGGAGGGGAAACGGAGGAGUGUCAUUCGCGUUUUUCAGGAUGGAUCGAAAUCAAUCCGAUCUAAUCUGUAGUUUUAGCUUGGUCGUCAUUGUAACUACCGGCCAAGUAAAAGGAGUUAUAGUUAACAAAAUAAUGAAAUGUCCAAGGUUCAGCUAGGGAUUCACCCCCUGUUGACUUUUCCGGUGUGUUUCCGUGUACAGAGAGGAUUCCCCUCUAUAGGCCCAUGUUGAUGGAACUGAAAGCUUGUCUCAAGGCGGGCAUUGCGCACCUCGAGACCGCGCAGCUAAACCGGUUUUUGUAUGAAGGGGUGGGGGUGAUUCAAUUGUGCUUAUUCCGUGGCGGAACAUGGGGCAAGAUGCGCAAAAUAUUCCUCAGACAGCAUAGCAUCACUCAGCAGCGAGGCGCCAUGACAUGACCCAAUGCCAUCCGUUCGAAUUAUAUCGCCCAAUUUCUCUUUCAUCGUCCACUCGGCAUAUACGAACCGGAGAGAGCUUUUAGCAUGCGUCUGGUAAACCUUGCUAUUUUCACGGGAAGCGAGUCAUUGCCAAUAAUCACUAAAAUAUCGCUGACAGCGCGCUCAGCGCACGUAGUUUCUUUGACUUAUUAGUGCUCGGGGCCAAGAGUCGAUAUGAGCUGUGAUAUUUUCGGGAUCAAGAUAGUAGGAGGGUGGCG